AAGAAAUGCACGUGACAAGCACAAACAAAAUAAAAUAACUCUGGCGCGGCAGAACUGUCAUCGUCGCGUGGGGAUGUUUGUGUAUGUAUCGUGAUAAGUUAAAUGCUCAGCGUGUUAGCUUCAUUUUCCCCGUUGCGUCAGUGAGACGGCGGUAUUGAUUUAAAUGAGAUAUCAUCAGCAGAUAUAGUGACUUGUCAAGCUCUUGAAGAGAAAAUUUCAGAUACUUGUUAGUAAUUGCAGUUUGUGAGAUCCAGAAGAAUGGUGGAACUGAAUAUAAUAAAUAACCCUUUGAAGGUUAUAUUUAUUAUACACUUCAUAUUAUCUACAUGGGCCUUACAAGGCGACUGGUGUCCAGAUUCAUAUUUCUUUUACUCACUUCUAUUCUUCAUUGCUCUUUUCUGGGCUAUUAAGGACAAGGAAUCUUCUGAUGCAACAGAAAUGGCAUUGAUGCUGAAUGUCUUGUGCAUCGCUUUAGAUAUUGUGAUACUUAUCAUCUAUUUUCCUUCAAGUUCAAGAGUCUCUUUUAAAAGAAAUUUCCAUCAUCAUAUGAUAUGGGCUUCAGGUGAAAAGUUUAGCAGUGGAAUGGCAGUGUUAAAUCUUCUGGUCAGACCUGUCACAGCCAUUGCUUUGUACCGUCUUCAUGGGGAUAGGUCAGGAAAUACAAAUGCAUUCCCUGGAAUUGGUGGUAUAUUUGGUAAUUCUGGCAGAACCAGGACUGUAUAUGAGGACAUAGACAGUGGAACCCACCAAGCAGUCCCCAGCAAUAAUGCAGCAGGAACAAGCACCAUUCCAUCAUUAUACUCUGCUCAGGGCCCAGAGAAAAUACCACCACCAUAUGGUGCCUGAUGCAGUCUUUUUUUUUAUUAUUUUUAUUUUUUGUACAUUACCAUAUGAAUUUAAAAGUUCUAAUUGUGUGGAGAGAUGUUUGUCUCCAAAUGGAGUAAGAAAUAUCCUAAUUCAGCUGAAAAUUUCAUUAACUACUGAGAAAUACUCACUGUACAUUUUGUAGUGCAAAUAUUUUUAAUAAACUG